GGGACCCACUGUUGCAGAUGAUCUAUAAAGGUAGUAGGAGCGCAUAACACCUUUGACACUAUACAGGCAUGGAGCUUCAGAUGAAGAUCCCAGUUCAAAUCUCUUUUCUCUUCUUCUUUUGUAUCUUUCUUGGUCCAUUGUGGGAGUUGGGCAUGGCCCAAAAUUCAACAGCUGUGAUUGACGUGGGCGUGAUCCUUGAUUUGGAUACUUGGGUAGGGAAGAUGGGUCAGACCUGCAUUUCCAUGGCGCUCUCCGACCUCUACCAAGCUCAUAAUUACACCACUAGGCUCGUUCUCCACACAAGGGAUUCCAAGGAAGAUGUUGUUGGUGCUGCAUCGGAGGCUUUGGACCUGUUGAAAAAUUUACAAGUCAAAGCGAUCAUAGGACCCGAAUCGUCGGCCCAAGCCAAAUUUGUGGCAGAUCUUGGCAGCAAAUCUCAAGUGCCCAUCUUGUCCUUCUCAGCUACAAGUCCUUCUCUCUCUUCAUCCCGAAAUCCCUACUUUAUCCGGACCGCAAAUGACGACUUAUCUCAGGUCAAGGCCAUCGCAGCCAUUGUUCGAGCCUUUGGAUGGAGAGAAGUGGUCCCCAUCUACGAAGACACUGAUUACGGACGUGGAAUCAUACCCUUCCUCACCGAUGCCCUCCAAGAGAUUGAUGCCAAGGUCCCAUACCGGAGUAUGAUCCCUUCUUCAGCGACAGAUGCUCAGAUCCUUAAAGAGCUAUACAAGUUGAAGACCAUGACGACUAGGGUUUUCGUCGUCCACAUGGGUUUUUCUGGUCUUGGGUCCCACUUUUUCUCCAAGGUGAAGUAUGCAAGAAUGAUGAGCGAAGGGUAUGUUUGGAUUACAACGAAUGGGAUAACAGAUUUCUUGGAUUCAAUGGCAUCUUCUGUCAUUGAUUCGAUGCAUGGUGUCAUAGGUGUGAAACCUUACGUGCCAAAAUCGGAAAAACUCAACAAUUUUACCCGAAGAUGGAGAAGGAAAAUCCUCUUAGAGAAUCCAAGAAUCGAAAAAGCUGAGCUAAGCAUAAUAGGGCUAUGGGCAUAUGAUACAGUCCAGGCGUUGGCAAUGGCGGUAGAGCAAGUUGGAGCCAUGAAAUCCCACUUCCGAAGGCCAGAAGCUAACCAAAACUCCAACGAUUUAUCAAGCUUGGGAGUCUCAGAAACAGGCCCGGAACUUCUUCAUGCCAUCUUAAAUACUACAUUCGAAGGCCUUAGCGGCAAAUUCCAUCUCAUUGGCAGGCAGUUGCCAUCUUCGGCUUUCCAAAUAAUCAAUGUGGUGGGGAAAGGAAGGAGUGAAAUUGGGUUUUGGACGCCAGUAUCUGGACUUUCAAAGGUCCUAAAUGAGACUAGUAACAAAAUGUACUCAGGUCCCAUGCAAGAUCUUUUGCAUGUAAAUUGGCCAGGACAGUCAAAGACAUCGCCGAGAGGUUGGGUGAUAGCACCCAAUGGGAAGAAGUUAAGAAUCGGCGUUCCGGUGGAAAAUGAAUUUAGUGAAAUUUUGAAUGUUGUGAACAAUAGUAACGGCAAUGUGAACGCCACGGGAUUUUGCAUAGAUGUGUUUGAUCAUGUAAGAAAACGGUUACCAUACGACCUCCCUUAUGAAUUCGUGCGAUAUGAAAAUGCCAGCAGAGGAAGCGCAGGGAACUACAAUGACCUUGUUUAUCAGGUCUUUCUUCAGAAAUACGAUGCAGUGGUGGCAGACACGACAAUCAUAGCCAACCGAUCUAAGCACGUCGAUUUUACGUUGCCCUACACUGAGUCAGGUGUGUCCAUGCUCGUGCCGAUCAAGGACGACAAAAGUAAGAAUGCAUGGAUUUUCUUGAAGCCUCUGAGUAGGAAUUUAUGGCUGACAAGCACAGCCGCCUUCGUUGUCACGGGCUUCGUGGUGUGGGUUCUUGAACACAGGAUCAAUGACGAUUUUAGGGGCCCACCCGCUCAUCAGAUUGGCGUGAUGUUCUGGUUCUCCUUCUCUACGCUAGUCUUUGCACACAAGGAGAAAGUGGUGAGCAACUUGUCAAGGUUCGUUAUGAUCAUAUGGGUGUUCGUCGUCCUCAUAUUGACUUCUAGUUACACUGCAAGUUUGACUUCAAUGCUGACCGUCCGACAGCUCCAGCCCACCGUAACGGACGUCAAGGAUCUAAUCAGAAAUGGGAAGACCGUGGGGUACAAGAAGGAUUCUUUUGUUCUGGGACUAUUAAAGAGCUGGGGUUUUGAUGAUUCUAAGCUCAGGCCCCUCGUCACCCCAGAAGAGUAUAACGAGGCCUUGUCUAAGGGAAUUCGGAAUGAUGGGGUUGCGGCCAUCUUUGAUGAGAUCCCUUACAUCAAGCUGCUACUCGGCAAAUACUGUGGUCGGUACAUGAUGGUGGGGCCCACCUACAAGACUGAUGGAUUUGGCUUUGUCUUCCCCAAAGGGUCCCCUUGGGUCCGCGACUUUUCUCAAGCCAUCUUAGAGGUAAGGGAGGGAGAUGAAAUGGUGAAGAUCGAGCAAAAAUGGUUCGGACAACAAGCCAAUUGUUUGGACCCAUCACCUACCGACGCUUCAAACAGCCUCACCCUCGAUAGCUUCUGGGGCCUCUUCCUCAUCACCGGGACCGCUUCUUUUCUUGCCUUCUUCAUAUGCGCACUCCACUUCCUUCACAAGCAUUGGCAUGUUUUGACCACACCAGACGAUCCCGAGACCUCCUUCGGAUGCAGGCUCGUCCAACUUUUAAAACACUUCGACAACAAAGACCUCUCUUAUCAUACUUACAAGAAGGCGCAACCACCUGGCGAAGGGCGGGCAAUAGGACCUAGAGGAUUUGAAGAACCUUCAACGCUUCAUACCAAUGGCUCUGAGAGUCCGUUGAGCAUGUCAAAUGGUUCUGAUUUCGUUGGAGGUGAGGUUGGGAUAUUCUUUCCAGAGAUUGAGACUCCAUAUCAAAAUACCUCUGCGGAUGUGCCCAAUAAUAGAAACGCUAUUCCAGGGACGGUGGAGAUGAUUGAAAAUAGGAUUUGAUAGAUUUGUUUCUUCUUUCUUUUGGAGCUGAUUCAGUUUUUGUGAUUGUGGGUCGUUCUGUAUAUGGUACGAGUAUGGUGUGCAGUAUGCUACUUUCUCCAAUACGUGGUGUGCUAGGGUUACAAUCAUUCGUGUGUCACUUCCUACACGUGUGCAAUGUAGUUGUAUAUAUUUAUUGUUAUAUAUGUAUGAAAUUAUGAAUGUUAUUAUUGUA